AUGGGUGACGCCAGGGAGUACUCGGAGUUGUCCGAGGACAAGACGGAGCCGUUUUCACAGACCGAGAUCCAGACCCGCCUCCAACGGUCCCGGGCGGAGCAACUCAACGCAAUCAACACGGCCGUUCCCUUGGACAAACUGGUGGUGCCACCGGACGACGACAUCCGCAUUUUGAUGCGGCCGCUGACUCGGGACCGGACUGUGCGUGAAGACCAAAAUGUGAUGCCGCUUUCAUUACGCCCCGAGGUGGUCGAGGAGGAGGAGGAGUCGCCCCAACAGGUGCUGGCCGUCCGGCAGACGGACCGUGACAUCAGUUUCACGGUGAGCAUCCCGGACUACCGAAACCCGGACCGACGGUUGGCCUGCAUCAUUUUUUAUGAUCCUGCAAGUGACAACCAAAUUCUUUCCAACCGUUCCAAUGUACCGUUUACUCUAUCCAGGGUAUCACAUGACCCAGAGGAAAUCCGGGGCGCCACCUACGAAGUGAAUCCAGAAUUUAACAAGUCUCUUACGCCUGGGACAUGGCGGAUCAACAUGGACGGGACCGAUUUGCUAGACUUUCGAUUACUCGAGAGACGGCCAGUUCGGUUACGGACCGCCUCAAGUUUCUCCGCGGCCUCCGACACGUCCGGAUCUAGCAGUGACGUCGUCAACUCUUCCGGCAAGCGGUCGUUUGUUUCAGGGGAGGACGACAUCACCAGUCCGGAGAAGAAACGGCGGCCAACCAACCCAGCCGCGGACGGGAAGGAGAACAGCGUCAUCCGGUUCGUCCCCGCGGGAGCCAAGAACCAAGAAUUGGUCGCCUCAACUGGUCAACCAUUACUGGACCUUCAACCGAACGAGACGCUGGAAGUGCGCAAGGCAGGCCUUGUUGGUUACACCAUCACAAAAAAGGACCAGAUCGCAUCCACAACAUUGUCCAGCGUCUUCACGGCGGAGUACUCAGACGCACCUGGCCGGUACGUCGUCGCCAAGGUGCUCAAGACUGGCCUUCCAUCCACCGCAAACCCAAACGAAGGUGCACUCGCCAAGACCGUCAUCCGCCAGGCUCAGACGUGGCUUCGGGAACUGGAGAACCAGGAGAAGCUGAAGCACAAGAAUAUUGUGCAGAUCUAUGGCGGAGACGCCCGGUUCCUAUCCCUUUACAUGGAGCCCGUGGAUGGCCGGGACCUGUCUGCGAGAGGCGUCUGGCGUACGGCCGGGACAGAUCUUUUCUCGGGCAACCGGUCCGAUGCUCUCAGGAUAUUAAAAGAUGCCGCCAGCGGGCUGCAGUAUCUCCACAGCCUGCGCCUAGACCACAACGACAUCAAACCCGGUAACAUCCUGUACAGCCGGGAGCGCGGUGCGGUGCUGUGCGACAUGGGGUUAUCAUCCGAGAAGGGUGCCAUCGCCACGGGCGGCGGGACACCGUGGUAUGUGCCCCCGGAGUACAUCGGUCUCCGGCAGCGGGGGCCCCCCAGCGAUGUAUGGGCAUUGGGGGUGGUGAUGCUGUACGUCAUGGGCAAGAUUUCGUGGCCCGAUAUCCGAUCUGACCGUCGACACCCCCGGCACUUGUACUGGACGAUUGCGCACGUCCACGAGAAACGGCCGCAUCUGCAAAGCACCGCUGUGUCGCAUAUGCGGUCGUGGUUAAAUGAGGUGAAUGAGGUGAGGGCCGGCCUGGACCCACGCGACAAGCUAGAGCGGCUGGUGCACGGGAUGUUAGCCCCGAACCCAGGACAGCGCCUGACCACGGCGGAUAUUGUCAACCAGUUGUUUGUUGACACAGGCCCGGAUAGGUGA